CCAUGAAUAAUAAUGUUUGGUGUGUCUUUGGAAAAAUUCAAGUCUGCCUUUGCUGUUCUGUGACAGACAAUUCAAUCAGCGUUGUAGCCAAGCAUGACACCUUCCGACGACAGAAACAAAAGAUGUACUUCCUGCCAAUAAUUGUGACGGACAACGGCAACCCACCAAUGAGCAGCAAUACCUUGACAAUCCGAGUCUGUGGAUGCAGCAAGGAAGGCACCGUCCAGUCCUGCAAUGUGGAAGCAUACGUGCUUCCAAUUGGACUCAGUAUGGGGGCUCUCAUCGCCAUUCUGGCCUGCAUUAUACUACUGUUAGUAAUAGUAGUACUGUUUGUGACAUUGAGGAGACACAAGAAUGAGCCUCUGAUUAUCAAGGAUGAUGAAGAUGUGAGGGAGAACAUAAUCCGUUACGAUGAUGAGGGAGGUGGUGAAGAGGACACUGAAGCUUUUGACAUCGCCACGCUGCAGAACCCUGAUGGCAUCAAUGGCUACCUGCCACGCAAGGACAUCAAGCCUGACCUACAGUUUAUGCCCAGGGCAGGCCAGCAUUCAGGCCCCAAUGGUGUGGACGUGGAUGAAUUCAUCAAUGUACGUCUCCAUGAGGCAGACAAUGAUCCCACAGCACCACCUUAUGACUCCAUCCAGAUCUAUGGAUACGAGGGCCGGGGCUCGAUUGCUGGCUCUCUGAGCUCACUGGAGACAGCAUCAUCAGACUCGGAUCAGAACUAUGACUAUCUCAGUGAGUGGGGCCCACGCUUCAGAAGACUUGGGGAGCUUUACUCUGUGGGUGAGAGUGAUCGCGAGACCUGACCUUUGGUUUGUUAUAUAAAAGACCUUUGAUUUUUUUUUGUUUGCUCUCCGCAUACUUGUGUUUUAAAUACUAGGAGGGCGAGGGGUUCGUUGGCUUUUAGAAACAGGUGUUUUAAAAAUAAAAAGUGAAUAAAAAUGGAUUCCACCUUUUUGUAUUCUUCUUAGAGUCAUCAUCCACUAUGUCAAUCGCAUUGUAAUCGUCAAGCCAAACAAUGUUUUUGUUAGGAGAUCUGAUUCUUGUGGAGUGUUACUUAGAUUCUGUUGUGGAGUGUCUAGCAGUACUUUGGGUGUUAGUCAUUUGCUGUGACUGCCAGUGGUAAUGUUGCUGGUAGUUGCCCAGUGAAAGGAAACAAUGUUGUUGUUGGGUUCUCUGAAGCUUGAAUGGACAUCAUACUCCAUGGACAACAAGAUGGACUGCAGAAGCUGCAGACAGGCUCUUGUUUCUUAUCUCCUUAAGCCACCAAGCUACCCGAUGAUCUGAAACAACAUGGAAAUGUAAAAGCAAUAUAUGGUCUACGUUACAAUGAUGAAUGUAUUGUAUGAUUAAAAAAAAAAUUGCAAAAAGAUGAACUACUCUUGGCAUUAAGGUGAAUUUGUUAUCAUUUGAUAUGGUCUCUGGUGGCCACAUUUGUAAACUAUCUGAAGCCCAGAAGGCUCGCUUUAUACAACUCUUUGUAUUUACAUGCUACAGGUGUGGGUCGCAAGUGUUAUUAGCCUAUAAAAGACUGAAGACAAAAAAGAAAAAUGUAGAAACUCUGAGGCCUUCUUUUUACAGAAGCAACAUUAAAUACAGUUGUAAUCAGUUGUUUUCUUUACUUUUUUGACAAGAAACCUGUUGAUUCAUCAUUGCUUUGAGUUUUUUGGAAAUCUGCUUUUAAAACCAUCCUUUCUCUGUGCUGACAAUUUGAAGUGAAUGUGUGUAGAUUUUUCACUUGCAGCUGUUUUAUUAAACCACUUGCACAUUGUUGCAUAUCAGCCAAACCUUAACAUAACUUUACUGCAGUUGAUGACCUAGACUAGAUGUGAGCAGGAAAGCUCAAAGUCACCAUGUAGUAACAAUAAUGAUAUAAUAAUCAGGAGUACAGCAAUGUGAAACAUGCUAAUUCUGUGUAAAAUAUAUCUCAUAAUAUGUUUUGAGGAGCACAAUAGUUCCCUCAAAAUGUCAAAUUUCAUUUAGGAAGUACAGCUCGCAUUAGCCCAGGAAGCUCAACUCAAGAAAUCCAGAUCGUGUGUCUCGUGCUUACACUGUAUGAUAAAUAAUUUUAAAAAAGUAAUGUACAUAGAGUUACUGCUAACAUCAUUAGCUUUCAAUGAGGUGUAGGUUUUGUCUCUGCACGUUAGCUCUUGCACAUUAAGAGAAAUUCAAUGGGACUACAGCUGCGUGCAUAGUGUUAUGGCAGUUAUCGGUAGACUAAACAAUAUAUAUGGAAUAGUCCUACAUGCAGACCAUAUUUUUUACUGUGCUUUAAUGCUUAUAAAUGUGUAUGUUCAAUUAUUUACUCUCUGUACUGUAAUCUAAGAAACCCUGUAUUGUUUCCUACUUUGUGAAAUAUAUUUUUAUAAAUAUCA